AUGUGGCAGGCUGGCAGAAGAAAGGGUCAGUUGGAGUCUAUAUCUUGUAGAGAUUCAAUAAGCAAUUUGCCAGAUGAUAUUCUUGGCAUAAUCUUGUCUUUCCCAUCCACAAAACUUGCUGCUUCCACAUCGGUUCUGUCCAAGAGGUGGAAGAAUCUGCUCCCUCUCGCAGACAGCAGCCUUGAUUUUGAUGACUCCAUCUCUCUCUAUCCCGACCACCGAGAUACCGCUGCAAGGUCGAGUGCAUUCGCCGAUUUCGUGGACAAGACAGUCGCUCUGUUAAGUACCUGUCCCAUCAAGACUCUCUCCGUGAAUGGCCGCUACGAAAAGUCUCGUGUUGACGAUUGGAUUCGCGUCGCGUUACAACGCAGCUUAUCGGAACUACACUUGCGGUGUCCUCAUCGGAUAGACAAAGAUAGAGUAGAGUUGUUGUUUCGGUCCAAAACAUUGGUUAAGCUUACACUAUCCGAUGGAUGCGUUAUCGAAGCCCUCCCUGAUGGACACAUGGACUUUACUGAACAACCUUUUAUGGAUGAGAAAAUAAAUGAAGAUAGGUUUUUCCCAUCGCUCAAAUCGCUUUAUAUCGGCGAUAUCGUGAUUGAGGAGUCCUAUUACCACAAGCUCAUCCUUACGUGCCCCGUUCUGGAAGAAUUGUUCAUACAUAACGAUGGCGAAUCACACCCGCCGAGUUGGAUUGGAUUUGCGCCAUGUCGUACUUUGAAGCGACUUGUGAUUUAUUACGUCGUUCCACCCGAGUAUAAAGAUGUUUACGAUGAUCAAGAAGUUUGCAUCGGUUGUCCAGAAAACCUUGUCUACUUUGAAUUUUCUAGUUAUGUCCAUGAUGUUUAUAAUGACGGUGGCGAGAUGGAGUCGCUUGUCGAAGCUAGACUAGAUCUUCGAUUAUUGGAGUCAACUACCAGUUUUGAUGAUUAUACCGAGACAGGUGAGUAUAAUGAUUUGCUUGUAGUGAAUGGUUUUGAUGAUAUCUUUGGUGAUGCCACAAUCUUGCUUUUGAGAAUGAUAACUGCGCUUCAUUUCGGCUGCAAAUUGUUCUUCACAUUCGACAACCUCGUUACUUUAUCAUUCGAGAGCGACAAGGAUAAAAGCUGGCAAGUUCUGCCACGUCUGCUCAGAAAGACCCCAAAGCUACAAAAUUUAGUCAUCAAGGUAGAUGUGGAGAUGUGUGCCCUUGCUAUCAUCGUCCCAAACGUAAGGGAGUGA